CAGGAUAUGCCUCCCUCCGAAUCAUGGUUCCCGACGCCGCAGGGUGGUGCGCUAGAGGAUUGGGCCGAUGAUUACCGCAGGGCGGAAUUGUUGGUGCGGAAUAUGACGCUCAUCGAGAAGAUCAACAUCACGACGGGCGUUGGAUGGCAGAUGGGCAUGUGUGUGGGGAAUACAGCGCCCGCCGAAUUCGUCAAGUUUCCCUCAUUGUGUCUGCAGGACGGGCCAUUGGGGUUACGUUAUGCCGAUUUGAUCUCUGCCUUCCCUGCUGGAAUCACCACCGGCGCGACCUGGAAUCGCGAGUUGAUCCGCCAGCGGGGCGUGGCGUUGGGCGAGGAAGCGCGCACCAAAGGUGUCAAUGUGCUUCUCGGUCCUUCUAUGGGCCCCUUGGGGAUGAUGCCUGCUGGUGGUCGCAAUUGGGAAGCGUUUGGGGCGGACCCGGUUCUGCAGGGUGUGGCGGCCGCGGAGACUAUCCGCGGCAUUCAGAGCACCGGGGUGAUGGCUACGGCUAAGCACUACAUUAUGAACGAGCAGGAACAUUUCCGUCAGCCCUACGAGUGGGGCAUCGCAACGGCCCUGUCAUCCAACAUCAACGACCGUGCGCUACAUGAGGUCUUUCUUUGGCCCUUCGCGGAAUCCAUCCGGGCCGAUGUCGCCAGUGUCAUGUGUUCGUACCAGAUGGUGAACAACAGCCACGCCUGUGAGAACAGCAAGCUGCUGAAUGGGAUCCUCAAGGACGAACUAGGUUUCCAGGGCUUCGUGCAGUCCGACUGGCUGGCUCAGCGCUCGGGCAUCAAUAGCGCUCUAGGCGGGCUUGACAUGAGCAUGCCCGGCGACGGUCUUCACUGGGCGGACGGCAAGUCGCUCUGGGGAUCAGAGCUGACUCGUGCCGUGCUUAACACCUCGGUCCCGAUGGAGCGAUUGAACGACAUGGUCACUCGCAUCGUAGCUGCCUGGUACCACUUAGGCCAAGACACGUGGGAGCGACCUCCGCCUGAAGGGAACGGUGGUCCCAACUUUUCCUCUUGGACCAACGACGAGGUUGGCUGGAUCUAUCAGGGAUCCCCCAGUGACGAGACCUACGGUGUGGUGAAUCGCUUCAUUAAUGCGCAAGGCGAGGGCGACAAUGCCCACUGGAUCAUCGCGCGCAAGGUUGCGACCGAGGGGAUUGUGCUCGUAAAGAAUGACCGUCAGACCCUCCCGUUGUCCCGCCGCCCCACGACCGAGACGGGAGCCGUGUUUCGCGUGGGUGUCUACGGCGAUGAUGCGGGCCCGGCACAGGGUCCCAACGCCUGCGCCGAUCGCGGGUGCAACCAAGGAACCUUGGCGAUGGGCUGGGGCAGCGGCACGGCCGAGUUCCCGUAUCUGGUCAACCCCUUUGAGGCUCUGCAGUCCGCCUGGGAGACGGAGAUCGAACUCAGCCCCUACCUCCGCAACGCGGUGAUGCCGGCGGAGGUGGCCGACAAGGAUCUCUGUCUGGUGUUCGCCAAUGCCGACUCGGGCGAAGGCUUCAUCUCCGCGGGCGGCAUUCACGGCGACCGCAAUAACCUGUUCCUGCAGAAGGGCGGCGACACGCUGAUCGAGACAGUCGCGCGAAACUGCGCUGGGCCGACCGUGGUGGUGGUGCAUGCGGUGGGUCCUGUCGUGGUGGAAUCGUGGAUCGAUCUGCCAGGGGUUGAUGCCGUGCUUUUCGCCCAUCUGCCUGGUCAAGAGAGCGGCAAUGCGUUGAUGGACGUCUUGUUUGGCGUGGUCGAUGCCAGUGGGCGGCUGCCGUACACGGUCGGCAAGAGUCUGGAAGACUACGGACCCGGGGCGCAGGUCUUGUAUGAGCCUAAUGCACCCGUGCCGCAGGUAGAUUUCCAGGACGGGCUGUAUAUUGAUCAUCGGUAUUUCGAUCGACACAACGUCACGCCACGAUUCGAGUUCGGGUUUGGAUUGUCGUACACGACGUUUGAGCUUGCCGAUCUUCAUGUCCAGGGGCUGCAGUCCAAGUCCCGCCUCCCGGCGUCUCGACCGCCCCAGACCGUCUUCCCCCCCGAGUACGACGCGGAGCCUCCACGCAAUGAGUCGGUGCUGUUCCCUGCAGAGUUCCGGGCGGUCCCUCAGUUCAUCUAUCCGUACCUCACGUCGAUGGACGGCACCGCGGCAGCCAACUACACGCACUACCCGGAGGGGUACGACCGACCGCAGCCGUUAUCGCCCGCUGGCGGAGGGUUGGGCGGGAAUCCAUCGCUCUAUGACGAGGUGGUGAAUGUCGAGGUUGAGGUGCGCAACACAGGCCCGCGGGCCGGGCAGACCGUGGUGCAGGUGUAUGUCUCAUUCCCUGGGGACGUGACCGAGGAUGGCGACUGGGUGGAGGUGCACGAGGGGGCGCGGCGGUCCAGCAAGGUGAAGCUGGAGCGGAUGCCUGAGCCGAUUGAGUUUCCGUCGCGCGUGCUGCGGAAUUUCACCAAGGUCGCGCUGGAGGCCGGGGAGAGGCAAACGGUGGCGAUGACGUUGACCCGGAAGGACCUGAGUUACUGGAGCGUGCGGGAGCAGAAUUGGGUGAUGCCGGAUGGCGAGUUUGCGAUCUGGGUUGGACAGAGCUCACGCGACCUGCCUUUACGAGGGGGAUAUUGA